AUGUCAAAGUCUUUAAUUUUAUCUGUUUUCUUAGUAUUUUUGGCUGGAUCUGUCUUUGCUUGUGUGGACCCAUAUAACCCAAAUGAUGUUACAAUUGGAAACUGUCAAGCCAAUGACAUCACAAACUACCGUAUCACUGAUAAUUUACCAGUUCUUACACCAUCUGACUUGUCAGCUUCAGAGUUGGCAAUCCAUGAAGCCAAUAUGAACUACACUUUGAAUCUCUCAAAGUCAAUGAAUAGAAAGUUUGUUGCUACCAUCUAUGAUGCCAAUAACAAUCUCAUGUGUUCUGGUGUCAACACUGGAAAGCCAAACAUGAUUUCUCACGGUGAAAUCGUUGCCAUUAACAACUGUUCUGCCCUCUACAACACCACCGUUUUCACCAAUAUGACUCUCUAUACCACCGGUGAGCCAUGCGCCAUGUGUGCCUCUGCUUUGCUCUGGGCUGAUUUCAAGACCGUUGUAUAUGGUACUGCCAACAAGCGUCUCUACUGUCAAACCUGUAUGUCUAACAUCCCAAUUGACUCCAGUUACAUCAUGGGUCGUUACUAUGGUUUGAGAAACAGAGCUCCACGUUUAAUCGGUGGUGUCUUACAAUCUUUGACUGAUGCUUGGUUCACUUCAUACUGCGACAAGCCAAACUCAAUCUACUACAUGCAACCACAAUGUGCUUGUCAAUCAUCCACCCCAACAACUGCACCAACCACUGCUUAA